AUGCCACCUCCCAAUAAGCCUACAUUACCUCUUCAUAAGGACAAGGCUGCACCACCGCUUCACAGUGCCGCUGCAAGAAGUGGCAGUGAGGCAAACGCUAUCAUCGAGGUUGGCCCAGACCGCAUGAAAUAUCACGUCCAGAAAGCGUUUCUCGUGCACCACUCGGACUAUUUCCACAAGGCUCUGAGUGGUACCUGGAAAGAAGCCGAGGAUGGAGUGGUGACUCUUGUCGAUGUUGAGCCCGCUAUCUUCAACCUGUUUGUCGAGUGGCUCUAUACCCAACAACUUCCUAGUAGCCGUUCUGACUACAGGCGUGUUGCGGAUGCGAAUUUCUCCGAAGAUGUGUGCAAGAUCAGGUUAUACGUGUUUGCGGACCGCUUCGCAGUACCUGCAUUACGGACAGCUAUGAACCGGCAGAUAGUCGGCGAACGCGAUGUCACUUCUGGAUUGUGUUGGGGCGUUACCCAGAUCGCGUACGCCUUCGACAACCUACCAACUUCGGACCCAGUAUUGGACUUUCUCGUGGAUCAAUACUACACGGAAUGGGGUGGACAUUCGACUUUCGCGGAAGGAUUGCCGCAGGAAUUUCUACUACGUUUCUUUAGGAGGGUUGGUAGCGAGCGUGCUCAAGGCCGCGAUGUGGUUGCGGAAAGUUUCAGGGUGGACUUCUGUACCUACCAUGAGCAUGCGACGGAUGCGGACAAGAGCUCCUGUUCCCAUAAGCCGAGGCUGGGUGGUGGACACUUCGUUGGAUUGGAGCGGCCUGUCAGAAGCGAGACACGCUCAAGGAGCAUCGUGGGUUCCAAACGUCCAGCAACUUCAUCGUCUUAG